UCAGCCAUUCUUUCUCCUCUUCAUUUUUUCCCCCUUUUUUAAACAGUUUAAGUGGAGCUAAGUUGUAAUUUGCAGAGAGAUGACACCUGAUGAGGAUGCCAUGCAGAAUCAGAGCCAGGUGUCACUUUCACAAACCAAAAUCUGUUGCUUUGGAUUCUCCGUUCCCAUUCCCAUUCUCAUUUCCUCAGCAAUUUGCAGAAAAAAGAGUGUUUUUCCCACUAUGGCUGUUGUUUUCUCUUCCCUUCCCUUGCCGUCCCCUGUUUUCUUCUUCUGCAUGCCCUCAGCUACCCAUGGCCACCUUCCUCUUCCCCUUUUCCUACCUCCACGUGUCCUGCCUCUCUGACAGCUCCUUGACACGCCCAUUUCUCCUCCCUUUUCCUGUUUUAAAAAUCUCCCAUAGCUCACCUCAUCAUUCUUCACUCCUCCAUCAAUGGCUUCCGUUCUUCGCCUCCGAAAAUUGUACUAUGUCGACCCUGUUAAGAGCUCUUCCAUGGGGAUCAACCCCAACGAGAAAUCUGAGGAUAAACGCAAUGUUAUUGUUGCAUACGUGAAGAAAUUGCUGGAGAAGAAGCAAGAGAAGGACAAGAGGAAGAAAAAGAAGAACAUCAAGAACAAGGGGGGAGGCAAAGAAUGGAAGUGCUUAGAUAACUGUUGUUGGAUUCUUGGAUAUAUGUGCACAAUUUGGUGGGUGCUCUUUUUUCUCUACCAUUACUUACCACCUGGGUUUCCGGUGAUUGAUUCUCCGGGGAGCGUUCUAAAGCGUGAAGGCGUUUCAGCUCUUCACCCGGUGGUUUUAGUGCCCGGACUUGUCACCGGCGGGCUGGAGCUCUGGGAAGGCAAGCCCUGCGCCAAGGGCCUCUUUCGUAAGCGCCUGUGGGGUGGGAGUUUCUCUGAAACAUUGAAAAGACCUUUGUGCUGGCUGGAGCACCUGUCUCUGGACAAUGAAACAGGGCUUGACCCACCAGGCAUUCGAGUCCGGCCAGUCGAAGGGCUUGUCGCCGGCGAUUACUUCGCCCAAGGCUACUUUGUUUGGGCUGUUCUCAUUGAAAAUCUGGCUAAAAUUGGCUACGAUGGAAAGAACCUUCACAUGGCUGCAUAUGAUUGGAGGAUCGCCUUCCAAAACACAGAGGUUCGAGACAGAGCUCUGAGCAGAUUGAAGAGUAAAAUAGAGGUAAUGUAUGAAACAAAUGGGGGAGAGAAAGUGGUGGUGGUGCCUCAUUCAAUGGGGGUUCUGUACUUCCUCUACUUCAUGAAGUGGGUGGAAGCGCCGCCGGCGAUAGGCGGCGGCGGGGGCGGCCAAGGGUGGUGCGGCAAGCAUAUUAAAGCAAUCAUGAAUAUUGGGUCUACAUUUCUGGGAACUCCAAAGGCUGUUAGUAAAAUUAUUUCUGGUGAAGACAGAUCAAUUGCUUCGCUCAGAGCUAUGACCCCUGGUUUUUUGAAAUCUGAAAUUCUUGGCUUUCAAACCUUAGAACAUAUGUUGCGGGCUUCCCGAACGUGGGACUCAACCGCCUCAUUGUUACCAAAAGGUGGGGAGACCUUCUGGGGUGACUUAGAUUGGUCUCCCGAAGAUGUUCAGAAUUGUGAUUUGGAGAAAGUAGAUACACAUUCUUUUAGAAACGAAACUGAUUCCAAUGACAGUGAGAGACAGAAAAGGGAAGGUUUUCAACAAAAGGAGGCAGUGCACUACGGAAGAAUAAUUUCUUUUAGCAGAGAAGCAGCAACACGGCCUUCUUCAGAGCUCUCUACUCUAACUUCACAGGAAAUUUUGGAUUCGGGUAGCUCCAAUGAUUCGAGCUUCUCUUGUAGCGACGUAUGGACUGAAUACGAUGAGAUGAGUAGGGAAAGUAUUCAAAAAGUCUCUGAGAACAAAGCUUACACAGCAAAAACUGUGUUCGAUCUACUCCGAGUCGUGGCUCCAAGAAUGAUGCAACGGGUCGAGAGUCACUUCUCUCAUGGGAUUGCUGAAGAUCUUGAUGAUCCUAAAUAUGCUCAUGAUCACAAGUACUGGUCAAACCCACUUGAGACAAAACUACCAGAUGCCCCAGAUAUGGAGAUAUACUGCUUAUACGGAGUGGGAAUCCCCACAGAAAGAUCAUACAUCUAUGACUCAUCUUCUGACAAGUGUAGGAGACUUCCAUUCAGGAUUGAUCUCUCAGUCGAUGGAAAAGAGAAUGGUUGUCUCAGAAGUGGUAUGUAUUUCGUGGAUGGCGACGACUGUGUACCGGUCUUGAGCUCGGGUUUCAUGUGUGCUAAAGGAUGGCGAAACACAACACGAUUCAACCCAUCGGGCAGCCCGACGUACGUAAGAGAAUACAUGCACAAGGCUCCUGCUAGUCUGCUAGAAGGAAGAGGAGUUGAAAGUAGUGCUCAUGUUGAUAUAAUGGGAAAUGUUAAACUAAUUGAAGAUAUCUUGAGGGUGGCUGCUGGAGCAAGUGGGACAGAAGUUGGUGGUGAUAGGAUUUACUCUGAUAUCUUAACACUAUCAGAGAGAAUAAAUAUUAAGCUGUGAUUCAGUCUGAGAGCUCAUUUAUAUCAUGGCCCAUAUACCCGGAGGGAGAAGUACUGUAGACAGAAUUGAUUUUGCACGAAGUGAGCUUCAAUUGCAGGAAAACAUAAAAUGAACUUGCAAAAAGGAGAAGAACGAACCCAUAGUUUUGGCAAUGGAGUUUGUUCCCCUAAUCUUUCGUGUGAAUAAUACAAUGAUGUUUGAGGUCUACUUUCUAAGCUCCUUUGAACGUAGCCAUUUUCUGUGCCUAAGUGAUUAUAGUCUAGCCACUUAUAUAGGAGAAAAUCUCAUAUAUUUCAACGAUACAUAGAAAAGAAGAAUUCAAGAUACGGAUGGAUUCUGCGAUUUGGUAGACAAGAGUGCGUACAUGCAACUAUGAAAGAACAUAAGACGUCCCAUUGUUCUUCUUUAGAUAUGUGUAAAUGAGUAAAGUAGACACUAUUA